UUCGAUUUCUACACGUUUUCUGUAAACAGGUUUGCAUAAAAGCGAACACAUUAAAACCUGAAUGAAAGGGUUGAGUUAUGCAGAAUUGUUUUGCUUUCAAUCAAUGACUGAUCAUUACAAUAACUGCGUUAAGAAUAAGUUGUGUAAAGCUGUACAGUACGGUAUAAGUAGUUGAUUACUGAAAAAAUUAAGUGCAUCGGAUUUCGGAUAGUAUUAUUUCAGAUACAUAGAACAAUGGCAUCUGAAUUUGUGACGGAAUAUUCAGACUCUGUCCUAGAUGGUGCUCGAAUUAAUAGCCUUCCAAUGGCAGGUGGUGUUUCUACAUUGGAUAAUCAUAUUCAUAACACUAGUUGUCGUGAAUCUGACGCUGUUGCAGCUUCGCCCGAUGCUGUAAAAAUAAAGGAGCCCUUAAUAUGCCAGCCGUGCAGAGAUUAUGAAUCGGAAUUUCUGCCAGCAGAGGGUUUCUGUGUCACGUGCGGCGAAAAUCUAUGUGCCGUCUGCUUUCAACACCACACGUUACCGCGGCCGAUGCGUGACCAUGUUCUUCAAGGGAAGGAUGAAAUGCCACGAAAAAAUUCCAUGGAAACCACGGACACUCCCUGGAAACCCAGACACAUGUGUCCAAUCCACGAUAACGAAGAAAUAACAUCCUUUUGCAAUAAUCAUAACAUGCUCUGUUGCAAAAACUGUGUUUCCCUCGCACACGAACUAUGCUUAGACGUCAACAGCAUUGAAGCGAAAAGCGAAAAUAUCGAGGUAGUUGGUGAGUUUCAAUCAUUUCUAAAAUCUUUGAAUGACUUACUUGUUGGCUAUAAACAAACUCGUUCAGUUGCUGUGCAAAACAUGAAAGAAAUUGACUGGUAUUAUGAUCAGGCAUUGAUGACUUUCAAACAAACGAUUGCCGGUAAGCGCGUACAGGAUCUCGGCAAAAUCAGUAAGGCAGCAGACGUUUGCGAUAAAGUUAUCAAUCAGCUUAAUGACACAAUUGACAAUAUAGAACAAUCUCGAGAACGUCGCAACACCACAGAAUUAUUCUUUCGCUUGAUAUCCAUGAAGAAUCAUACAGUUCUUAUUGGCGAAAAUCUGAGAAGAAUAAACCAGGAUAAUUCGUUCGAACGAUACUUCUUUCAACCAAAGAGUACGACCUUGUGUUUUGGACAGACACUUUCGGUAUCCACCUAUACAUCCAUUAUAUUACAUGACGACGCUGAUUGUAACCAGCUACUUUUGUGCCCUGGUAACAAUCUAAUCUGCAUAAGCCAAACUAAAAUCUCGUGCAUAAACACAUUGACAAAGAUGAAGAAUGGAAUUAAUAUCCUGAAGUCUCCGUGUUUGGCACAGUACGUCGGGAAUGAGCUUAUUGUAAUUCAAACGGAACCACCAAGCAAGCCUUCAUUGGGUAACUUGCGAUGGACUGACGACACAGAUGUAGAAUUACAGGUAAACAAUAUAACCACCGAUUCAUUCAAAGAUGAAAUUGCAGUGCCGGCAACAGCCGUGGGGACAAAAACAGUAAGUUUAACACCAAGCACCGAAGGCUUGUUUGGAGCAGCAUGUACAACACCAAGCACCGGAGGCUUGUUUGGAACACCAAAUACAACACCAAACACCGGCGGCUUGUUUGGAGCACCAAGUACAACACCAAGCACCGGAGGCUUGUUUGGAACACCAAGUACAACACCAAGCUUUGGAGGCUUGUUUGGAACACCAAGUACAACACCAAACACCGGCGGCUUGUUUGGAGCACCAAGUACAACACCAAACACCGGAGGCUUGUUUGGAGCACCAAGUACAACACCAAGCACCGAAGGCUUGUUUGGAACACCAAGUACAACACCAAGCACCGGAGGCUUGUUUGGAACACCAAGUACAACACCAAGCACCGGAGACGUGUUUGGAGCACCAAGUACAACACCAAUCAAUCGAGGUUUGUUUGGAACACCAAUUACAACACCAAGCGUGUUCGGAGCGUCAAGUACAACAUCAAUCAAUGGAGGCAUGUUUGGAGCACCAAAUACAACACCAAGCAAGUGGGGCUUGUUUGGAACACCAAGCACAACACCAAAUAACGGAGGCCUGUUUGGAACCGCAGCAUCAACAUCGAGCAGCGGGGACAUGUCGCAAACUGCAAGUGUCAAAUUGAUUGGACAAGCAAUUACAACAACAAGUACAGCAACACAUGAAAGAAACCUGUUAGCAGUGCGAAAAGAGAUAGCAGAUGUAAGUAACAAGAUAGCAGCAGUACGUAAAGAAAAGCUUACAAAUGCAAAACCAAUACUGUUUCCUGUACAGGCAAUUACAUCUUUGAAAUUGAAAUAUGUAUCUGUUGAGAAAAUCCUUACUGCCCUUACAUACAAUGGAACUGAUUUAAUAGCUGUUUGUCUUGACCCGCUGGGAAUUUAUGAACUUGACGCUAAGGGUCACACUAAACGCAGUACGGUUGUCAGCAAUCUCGAGGCUCUUCUAUUCAAUGGGACGCAGUUCAUAAAACAUCCAACAUGUGCUGUUUACGACCUUACCGAGGACAUAAUAUAUGUCACUGAUUCUAAGAUGGACUCCGUGUUUAAGGUGACAAAAUUAGGUGAAUGUCGCUGUGUUGUGAGAUCAGAACGCCUAGCUUCGCCUUCUGGAAUCGCCCUGUGUCGUGAUGGCACUUUAAUGGUCUGUUGCAGCAAGGUCAAGUGCGUUGUCAAGGUGACCAAAGAUGGUCAUAUCUACAGCUUCAUUGGGCCGCUACAGUUCGAACCGUUGGCAUUGGCCUAUGACGAGACCAAGGGGCUGUUGUAUAUUGGUGGAAAAUGUAGUGAGAUUUACGUGUAUAAUGCUUAGUGAACUAAUAAAACGAUUGUUAUGGUGUAGUAAUGAAAUGCAGAUUGUAAUUUUUAAAGUUAAAGAUCAUAUACAUAAGACGUUUAUGAAAUAUAUAUAUAUAUAUGGAAGUCCUAUUUAACUGUUGAUAUCAGUGUGGUUAUGCAAAAGAAGUUCAAUAUAACAUAAACCUAAUUUGAAUUUACAAUUUGUUGUGUAUUCUCAUCGUUGACUGAUUUUUUUUUUACUUAAGUUUUUAUUUGUAAUAUUUAUGAAUGUUCGUUUUUUCCGUUUGUUAUAACUUUAUAAAUUAGUAUUGUUUUACAAGAGUUGUACAGUUCACCUAAAAAUAAAGCAACGUUAUCAUUUAAAUGCUAACGGUUUAAUGCAAUUCAUAUGAUGCUGAAAAACUAUUAUUAUUAUGUAAAUUUUGUGUAACCUUAGUAGCAUUUGAAAGUGUAAUUGUGCCGUAAAAUAGUUUUUUAUUUGUAAGACCUCUACAUGAUUCAAUAUCUAGUUGCAUUGCAAGUCCGUUACAAUUCAUUUUUUGGAAGAAACUUCGUUUGCUGUGAAAUUAAUUCCACAUUAUUUUUUACCAUCAUACUCGCCUUUUAUCAGUUGUGUUAUUGGUGACAUAGCAGGCACUUAGUUUAUACGCAUGAACUAAUGACAAAGUGUUCCGAAUUUUAUGAAACGUAAUAUGCAUCAUACGUUCAUGCUUGACAUGUCAGGUCAAUCAUACGUUGAUGUUUGACAUGUCAGGUCAAUCAUACGUUGAUGUUUGACAAGUUAGGUCAAUCAUAAGUUGAUGUUUGACAUGCCAGGUCGAUCAAACGUUGAUGCUUGACAUGUCAGGUCAAUCAUAAGUUGGUGUUUGACAUGUCAGGUCAAUCAUAUGUUGAUGUUUGACAUGUCAGGUCAAUUAUAUGUUGAUGUUUGACAUGUCAGGUCAAUCACACGUUGAUGAUUGACAUGUCAGGUCAACCACACGUUGAUGUUUGACAAGUCAGAUCAAUCACACGUUGAUAUUUUACAUGUCAGGUCAAUCAUACGUUGAUGUUUGACAUGUCAGGUCAAUCAUAUGUUGAUGUUUGACAUGUCAGGUCAAUCACACGUUGAUGUUUGACAUGUCAGGUCAACCACACGUUGAUGGUUGACAUGUCAGGUCAAUCACACGUUGAUGUUUUACAUGUCAGGUCAAUCAUACGUUGAUGUUUGACAUUUCAAGUCAAUCAUACGUUGAUGUUUGACAUGUCAGGUCAUUUCAAUUUAAUAAUUAGUUUCGUGAUUUAUGACCUUUUCAUAACAUUUACAAUGUAAACGAGGUAAAACACAAUAAAACCUAACACAGUACUGGUAUGUUUAAAUGGCGGUACUAAAUAAGAACGUUGAAUUGAUGACUUUGUUGUUUGAUAUAGGUUUUUAUAUUAUAUAACCUGAUCACAGCAUGAUCAUGGUUAACUUCUAUGAAACUUUUGUCCUUCAUCCGUCUUGCGUCUUUCGUCUUUAAUUAUUACCAAAUGGAUUACAUGCUUACCAACGUGCUCGACAUUUUCCCGACGGGCAUCUUUCUUUAAAUUAUAACCAAAUGGAUUACAUGCUUUCCAACACGCUCGACAUUUUGCCUUUGCCGGUGCUUAUAUUGGGUUAUAAUAAGAGAAUCAAGCUUGUUUUCUUGUUCUGUUUUAUUUUUUGUUUAUUUAGUAUGUUUUGUAUCAUUAUUGUACUCAGACAAACACAUAUAGUACAGGGUUUCGAUUAUAGUUCAGUUGUUCGGUUUGUUUGUUAUUUGUUAACAGUAUUAUGGUUGAUUGUUAUGUUGGUUAUAUGUUGUUUUGUGUAUUAAAACACAUAAUUGG